AUGUUCAAGUCUGUCUGUAAACGUCCUCGAUCUGCACUCCUGCUACGACUUCCGAGGACAAGAGCUGUUCAUUCUCGACUUCCUCCUGGUGUCCGCAAUCCUUCUGUUUUUACAGCAUCAAACACAAUGGCCGUGCCUCCGCAACCAGAUCUACCGCAUCCCGCACACUUGGACCGCGACUCUGCCCUCGGUCGCAAGUUUGGCAAAGAAGUCACAAAUUACUUUGGAGGCUCGCCCAUAAACAGACUAUCCUUCCUGCGUGAUGACCAGAGCUUCCUUGCUGGUGCAUUCGCCCAUCCUACCGCCAGGUUUAUGGUCUUCAAAGACCUGUCUCCUCUGAUCAAAUCCCCGACGGAGAUCCACUACGCCACAUACGACGAUAUCAAGUCACUGGUACCAACAAACCCCUUUGAAAAGACGGAGAAAGAGAUCAUCGAAGACUUUGACUCCCGGAUAGACACCCCGCAAUUGAUCUUCCUGGGUAUAGACGAGAAGGUGAAAGAUGGCUUUUCAUUCAAGAACUUCCUCGGCGGGCCACACUGGGCUAUAGACAUUACGCCAAAGAAGACGUACGAGAAGAAAGCAAAGGAUCUGACUGAGAAGUUUGUGGCCGAUGGGCUGAAGUUCAGCGAGGGCAUGAGAGCUAUGAGCUUUCCGGCCGAUGUUGCUGCCCAAUAUGCCCAAGGACGUCACUACCUUGACUGGAACUACCGCAACACCUUCUGUGGAACAUGUGGACAUCGCACACUAUCUGUCCAUGCUGGCGCGAAACGGAUAUGCCCGCCCAAGGACAAGGCUCAGAACCCGCCAGAGCGAGAGGCCUGCAGUACGCGAACGACAUUGUCCAACCUGACAUUCCCUAGAACAGACCCAACCAUCAUCGUGGCAGUCUUGAGCCACGACAGCAAGCGCCUUCUACUGGGUCGCCAGAAAAGAUGGCCACCGUAUUGGUUCUCGACGCUGGCGGGAUUCAUCGAGCCCGCGGAAAGUGUCGAGGACGCUGUCCGAAGAGAGGUCUGGGAAGAAAGCGGCGUGGUCUUGUCUCGAGUUCUUGUUCACUCAACCCAGCCUUGGCCAUAUCCAGCCAAUCUCAUGAUUGGAUGUAUUGCGCAGGUUGCCAGUGUUGAGGAUGAGACCAUAAAGCUGGAGUAUGAUCCUGAACUCGAAAUCGCGAAGUGGUUCACCUUGGAGGAAGUUCAGGAGGCACUGCAAUAUGGUACCAGCGGGCUCGGUGACACUGCUCCUGAAGGGUACAAGGAGGGUAACUUGAGGUUGCCUCCGAGAACGGCCAUUGCCAAUCAGCUCAUCACGGCUGUGGUAGAAGGAGGAUUCCUGGAGGGUGUCACACCCUUGGCGACAGCGAAUAAGCUGUAA